GUUUUUAAUGUGCGAUAGGAUGUAGCGUGAUAAUGACUACUAAACAGCGCCUAUACGAGUAUUUCCCUCCUUAACACAAAGCUUAAGUUUCACGUAGGGGAGUUGAAAAGUCGACGUGGGAGAUUGUAUUCGAAAUUGAUACUACUUGGAAUGUGAUACUUGAUACUAUUUAUAAUCCGAUAGGAGGGAAUGUGUUAGUACUUCUCCAACUAUUAGUGCGGUGACUACUAUAAUGUAUCAAGACCGAAGAAAAGUUAUUGUCAUUGGUGGUGGAUUGGUUGGAUCACUGUGCGCAUGCUUUAUGGGUCAAAAGGGAUACCAUGUUGUGCUUUACGAAAAGAGGUCAGAUCUUCGAAAAGAUUCGUACAUGCGAGGAAGGUCAAUAAAUCUUGCUAUAUCACACAGAGGUCGCGUUGCUUUAAGGAGUGUUGGGCUGGAGGAAACUGUUUUGGGAUCAGCUAUACCAAUGCAAGGAAGGCUUCUCCAUGGUAAAACCGGCGCACUGCAGUCUAUGCCAUAUGAUCCAGUUUUCAAUAAUUGUAUCUACUCAAUUGGAAGGAACUCCCUCAAUGAAGUAUUAUUGAAUGCUGCAGAAAACUACGACAACGUGAAGGUGAAGUUUGACCACAAACUGGUGAACGCAGAUAUUCGUAGAGGUGUAAUCAGAGUGCAAAACAAAACUACGACAGAGGUUUUUGAGGAGACAGCUGACCUGAUAAUUGGAGCUGAUGGUGCGUACAGUGUUCUAAGAUCUGCUAUGCUAAUGACACCUAUGUUCCAGUUCAAUCAGACCCACAUAGAACACGGUUAUCUGGAAUUAUAUAUACCUGCGAGUUCGGGAGACAAGAUGACGCCAAAUCAUCUACAUAUAUGGCCAAGGGGUCAAUUCAUGAUGAUAGCACUACCAAAUAAAGAUACGUCUUGGACUGUUACCCUGUUUAUGCCACUCGACAACUUUACCUCUUUACGUGAUGAAGACAGCAUAAUGUACUUUUUUGAAAAUAUAUUCCCCGAUGCAGUACCACUGAUUGGAAAAAACAGCCUUGUACAUACAUUCUUAAGCACGAAACCCUCUCAGCUAAUAUCUAUUAAAUGUAGUCCACAUCAUUUUGGGUCGAAGUUUCUAAUCAUUGGGGAUGCAGCGCACGCUAUGGUACCAUUUUAUGGACAAGGGAUGAAUUCAGGAUUUGAAGAUGUAAGUGUCCUAAGUGAGUUGCUGGACAAGAACCAUCUGGAAGUUAAAGAAAUCAUCAAACUCUAUAGCGAAAUGCGCGUUCAAAAUGUCCAGGCUGUUUGCGACUUGGCGAUGUACAAUUACGUUGAAAUGCGCGACUUGGUAAUGAGAAAAUCCUUCAGAGCACGAAAAGCUGUAGACGAGGUUCUCUACAAACUGUGUCCGAAGAUUUGGUUUCCCCUUUACAACUCCGUAAGCUUCUCCAGCUUAGAGUAUAGACGCUGCUUAGAAAACAAAAAACUUCAAGACAAGGAAUGUAAUAUUUGAAGAUCGUACCUGUUUGUAUCUCCACAUCACUCUUUGAACAGUGGAGAGCCACAAAAGGUCAACAGCUGCUGUUGUCAACCCCUGAGGUCCUGAGAAUUAUCAGAAGCUCAGGGAUUACUUCUGAUCUAACCAAGAGGCACAGCUCUGAAGGAUAUUUGCAGAACAUAACAUUUGUAAGUUUUUAUAUGACUCAAUAACUAGUGAUGAUUUGUACUGCUUUUUGACCAAGUUCGUUUUCAUACUUCGUUUUAAAUUGUCAGAGCAGUAGGGUUGAUAUGUAAAGCUCACUAUAAUUUUAAUGAAAUCAAAGCCAAGUAUUGUUAUUGAACAAUAGCAUGGGUGCCCCCAGGGGGGCUGAGGUAACAGUUAUCUCUUGAUGAUGAUCAGCACAUCUGAGAAAAAUCCCUGUGGGUAGCCGUGG